AUGGUCCGAACGGCAGAUCCAUAUUACAAUCGCAAACCUGUCCCUGAUGAGCUGAUCAAGGACGUGGGCAUCACUGGUCUAUCUCCAGAGGAGGAGUAUUGGAAUCGGGAGAAGAAGUAUACCGCGAAUGGACCAGAUGUGAGGCGCUUCAGCAAUAGCAGGAAGGAUGGUAUGGAGCCUCUCGACGAUCCCUACUAUGGUCGAAAACCAGUUUCGAAGGCCGAGAUCGCCAGUGUAGGAAUUACCGGUCUCACUCCCGAGCAGGAGUAUUGGAGUCGGGAACGCAAGUACAGCCUCACUGGCGUUGAUGUCAGGAAAUUCAGCAAGAGCAGAAAAGGGGCAAUGGAACCUCAGGAUGAUCCGUACUCUGGACGCAAACAGGUGUCUGCGGCCGAAAUUGCAGGCAUCGGCGAGACCGGCAUGACUCCAGCCGAACAAUUCGAAGUCCGCGAACGCAAGCAAUCCCUCUUCCAACUCUCGAGUGAUCCUUUCGACGUAGUAGUCGGUCGCCAUCGACAAUCAGUCUCAGGCGUCGCAACCGGUGCAUCCGCAGCAGCCACUCGACGUCGCAGUUCAGCUGUUGCCCCAGACACAGCCGCGGCGGCUACUAUUCAUCGUGGUUAUCAUGGCGACAAGCUUGCCGCCAUUGAGAGCAGACCCGAGAUCCCACCAGCGAGCGUGGUCGACACUGCCUUUGGCGAAAGUGGUGCUGGUAGCGGUAACACGUCGGAGACGUUGAACACGGACGGAGAACAUACGACACACCACGACCCGGUGACCACGGGACAUGACCGUAUUCAUAAACAUCAUAACGACCAAGACGACGUUGCUCCACAUGAGAUUCGAUGA